CCUCGGCUGCAGGGAGGGCUGUGCAAACCAGCACGGCGGGCGGGUCCAAACUGGAAGUUCUCACGUCGGAGCUGUUUCGGUUCCUGCUUCUGGGAAGGGGCCACCCCGCUCGUGCAGGAAACACUGGGCGGCCCUCCUUUCCCCACCACGUCAUGGGGUCCUCUCCUGCGCGGAAACCACCCUCUUCGCCCACAGACCUGCUGCGAGGCACAGCCAGGGAGGCGGCACGACGCGGUCCCACCGAGGCAGCAGGGGGCGGGGGCAUCGCCGUGUCCUCGCCAAAAUCUGCCUCCUCCUCCCUUCCCUGGCGCGCGGCGGCGGCGGCGGCGGCGAACUCCAGCGGCCCGUCGCCACUUUUCUAAAGGGGAGGAAACUUUGUCCGCGCCUUGUUGCUCGAGGCUUUCUGGGGGUCAUUCGCCUGCAAGAGGAAGCCGCAAAAGGCAACACGCACCGCUGGGGCUGUGGGGCGAAGAAGCGCCUGCUGGAUGCCACCCGGUGAGGGCUCGGCCAAAGAGCCGAGGUCCUUUGCAGGGCCGGGUCCCCAGUGGCGGGACUGAAAGCUGCUGUUUGCCGAUCCCAAAACUGCUAUCAGAGAGUACCACACGACACCAGAGAGGAGACACGAGGUGGACGACAUCAUGUGAGACAGCAGAUAGGUAGCAAAAUGUAACCAAACUUACAGUAAUGUAGACGUGUAACAGGAAAGAAAGGACUUCUUAUUUUAUCUCCAUGUAACCCUCCUUUAUAGUUAGUAAACUCAUAUAUAAAAAAACAACUGAGAAUCUGUGUCUUCUGUUCUAUUCUGCUAAGAUUCUGUUAAUAUUCUGAAAGCCAGUGUGGCGUAGUGGUUAAGAGCAGGUGCACUCUAAUCUGGGGAACCGGGUUUGAUUCCCUGCUCUGCCACUUGAGCUGUGGAGGCUUUCAGUUUGUCCAGUUCCUUGUGGUGGCCAUUUUGUGGUGAGACCUCCUGACUACCUUAGCAUUCUAAAAGCACCCAUGGAGUCAAUAAGAUUGAAGACUACUGAUGCUCAUACUCAUGAUUUGAGAUCAAAGCACCCCAAAAGUUAUCAAAAAACUGAAAAGGGACAACAUUUUGAAACAUGGCUUCUUGUUUUGUCAUCCUGUCAUUUAACACUUGAUAACGUGUCUUUCAGAAUUUCCUUCGCUUUCAGUAUUUCCUGAUUUAAUAUGACUUUCAUGGCAAAAAGGCUUUCAUGCUCUCACUCCAAACAGUACUUGUCUGACUCGCAACAGAAACGUGAACGUUUCUAGUUCUUUCUGGUUUGUGAAUAUCAAGGACGAGAUUUAUGGAUCAAGUUAAUCUAGAUUUAUGGAUCAAGUUAAUGAGAUUGCAGAUGCCUUAGCAGACCAGGUGCUCGGGAGCAGCAGCAGCAGAAAGCCAUUGCUUUCACAUCCUGCAUGUGAGCUCCCAAAGGCAUCUGAUGGGCCUCUGCAAGUAGCAGAGUGCUGGACUAGAUGGACUCUGCAAGUCCAGAGUGCUGGACUAGAUCAGACUCUGGUCUGAUCAAGCAGGCUCUUUCUUAUGUUCUUAUGACUAAACUUCUGGUUCAGCAUCUGACACAAUAAGGUAAACAAGGGUGUGGGCUAAAAUAUUAAACUGAUUCAAGUCAUAGGACGUCUUGUGAAAAUGCUGGUGCAGAAAAUUGCAUGAGCAGAAAUGAUAUGCUUCAUUAUUGAUUUGGUUAGUGAACUUAGAUUCUGUGUGUCGGACUAAAAGGAAUACUGUAUCCAGUUUUGUAUAUUUUAGAAAGUGGAAGACACCUUGAAUGCAAUUCAGAGGAACGAAGCAAAAACAGGGUCGUUUAGAAUUAAGGAAGAACAGCUGUUGUGUGACGGACCUGACUGGCUUGUCCUGAGAAAUGGGAAAUACAUUGCUGGUAGAUAAAAAAAAAGAAGUAUACGUUUUCUUUGUCACUUAAAAGAUGGCUGCAUACUUAACUGAAAUUUAAUGAACCAGAACUGCAUGAAAUUGAAGCAAAAUUGUUACAAAUAUCCUAAAGAUGGAGAAGACUGGUCUGUUCGUAAUCAGGUGGUUUAUAUGUUAACUGUAAACCGUUUUAUACUUCAUGAGAAAGGAAAGGCUGUAAAGAGACAUCUAAAAGAAUGAAGAGAUGUAAGUGGCUGUACAGAUACCCAACACGUCAAAGUCUCUUGAUCUUGGUUUUAACCAUAUGGCUGCUUUCACUACUGAAACUUCUCAACAUCGAGCAAUUGUUGUUCCCUCGCAAGGGUAUUUAUUUUGUAGAACCUUUUCUGAGCACCUCAUCAUUUCUGAAGAACAAGUACUCCUAUCCCAAAAAUCACUUGCAGUAUGACAUCAACUGUUCCUCCAUUUACAAUCAAGAGCCUGUAGAGAUUGGCAGGUCUUUAGAAAUUCAGAGAAAAGAGAUUAUCGAUUUGGAUGAUGAUGAUGUUGUAGCCAUGACUAGUGACUGUCAUGUAUACCGUAAAAUUAGAGAAUAUCACUUGAAGCCUGUUUCUCUGGAAGAGGAAAAAUUCCCUUUAGCCUAUUCUUUGGUGGUUCAUAAAGAUGCAGUGAUGGUUGAGAGGCUUAUCCAUACAAUAUACAGCAGUCAGAAUGUUUACUGUAUCCAUUAUGACCAAAAAUCAUCUGCCACUUUCAAACAUGCUUUGGACAAUCUAGCUAAAUGUUUUUCCAAUAUUUUUAUAGCAUCCAAAUUAGAGGUGGUGGAAUACGCCCAUAUUUCAAGACUUCAGGCAGAUGUAAAUUGUUUGUCUGAUCUAUUUAAGUCUUCUGUUUCAUGGAAGUAUGUAAUCAAUUUAUGUGGCCAAGACUUUCCUUUGCGUUCAAACUUUGAGUUGAUGACUGAACUCAAGAAAUUAAAUGGAGGAAAUAUGUUGGAGACGGUCAAGCCAAGCAAUAGCAAAAGGGAACGAUUUAUUUAUCACUAUGAACUUCGGAAAAUGCCUUAUGAAUACACAAAAAUGCCAAUGAAAACUAAUAUCUCUAAAGAACCGCCACCUCACAAUAUUAAGGUUUUUGUAGGCAGUGCUUAUUUUGUUUUAUGUCGAGAGUUUGUACAGUUCGUCCUCGAAAGUUCUGUCGUUCAAGAUUUUUUUGAAUGGUCAAAAGACACUUACUCUCCUGAUGAACAUUUUUGGGCAACCCUUGUUCGUUUACCUGGAAUACCUGGAGAGGUUUCAAGAGCAGCUCCUGAUAUCACAGAUCUUCAGAGCAAAACACGUUUGGUAAAAUGGAACUACCUUGAAAAUCACCUGUAUCCUCCUUGCACUGGUACACAUCUUCGUAGUGUGUGUAUUUAUGGAGCCGCUGAACUGAGAUGGCUCAUCAGCUAUGGGCAUUGGUUUGCCAAUAAAUUUGACUCCAAAGUAGAUCCUGUUUUAAUAAAAUGUUUGGCAGAAAAACUUGCAAAAAGGCAGAAGGAAUGGGUUGGUUUGUCUUCAGAAAAACUUUUUCUACACAAAACGUUUACAGGAGUUUCAACAGUACAGCUCACCCAUGUUUAGUUCUUGCAAGAAAAAAAAUAGUUGAGACACAUCAUGCUUCUCAUAACUAUCUUGAUGGAAUCCAGUUGCCUUUCUAUAGGUGUAACUAAAGAGAAAGUGUGUGAGAUGACAGAUGAGCUGCUUAGAGCCCAGGGAGCAGAUAUGGGAGCAGGGGGAAUGAGAGAUGAUUGGGAGAGAUUCCUCCCCUCUCAGCAAUAAAAAGUUACCAAUAGAGUGUGUUUCAGUUGGCCUUCACCCAGUGCUUUUCAGGCUUCCUGAACUUCUUUUGAACUUGCUCUAACUUCUAAUCCUCUCCAGACAACAUUGGUAAGUGUCCUGCAAAAAUUUGUGGAAUUGGUUUCUCAUCUGAAACUGGCAUAUUGGAAGAAAUGAUCAGUAUAUCUUUUUCCAAAUCUGCAGGAUAGCUUUGAAAUAGAGUUUCUAGUGCAGAAGUCUUCAAACUAUGGCCCUCCAGAUGUUCAUGGACUACAAUUCCCAUCCGCCCCUGCCAGCAUGGCCAAGUGGCAGGGCUGAUGGGUAUUGUAGUCCAUGAAUAUCUGGAGGGCCAUAGUUUGAAGACCCCUGUUCUAGUGCUUAAAUUCCUCCUGUGUCCAGGGUAGAUUAAACUUACAGUAGGUAUUUCAGUUGUAGUCCUGUGACUAACCCUGUGGUGCCUAAAAACCAUACAAGCCUUCUCUGUACUAUAUGAUUUCCACCUACGUCUUGUACAAAUUUUUCAUUUUUGCUAAGAUUACAUUGUGCUUGUAAUGGUUCAGUUAGAUGCGAUACAGAUAUUCUCCCUCUAGGCUACCAUUACAAAGAAUCCACUGCUGCAGUUUAGCAUUACUGCAGUAUUCUAUCUGCCUGCUGAUACCACCAUUGCUAUAUGUGAGAUACUUUACUAUGGUGAGGAUGGUGAUUUGGACCCUACACUGGAAAUGGCUAAUGACAAGGCAUGCAGUUUCCCCAAACCUUCCAUCCUUUUAGUUCUUUCUAGACUGAUUGCUGCACUGCUAUUUUUGUGCAGCAUUUUUAAAGAGGGAAAAGAUUGUAAACCUGAUCAUAGCUUCCUUCAUCCAUGCAGCAGUGCCCUGAUUAUUAUGGAACACUUUCUGUUCUGUUUCACUGAUGAAUUUGCAUUUCCUCUUCAUUUUCAAACUCUUACCUUUCCGCUAAAAAGCUUGUUGCUCAUCACUACCAAGCAAAGCUGGUGCAAUAGAGGGCUUGAGGAAAUACAUCAUUGUGGAUGACGUCAGUUCCAUUGCUUUAAAAUAUAUAUAACAUGUACAUUCACUUAUUUAUAAACGCCUUGUUUGAAGGUGGUGAGGCAAGGUUAUAGGCAUGAAGAUCUCUAAAAUAUUUUGUCCUUAGAAAUGCUUGUACAAAUUACAAUCUCUCAAAAUCAAAAAUGUGCUCAAGGAAUGCCCUACCUAAGUGAAUCACACUGAGGUAGGUAUGUGGAAUUAACUCUCUUACUUUAAGGUAAAACCUAGCUGUGCCUUGUUUUUACUAUAGCUUUACCUCAGGAAAAUAGUUUUGUAGGCUUAAAUAAAUUUAAAUCAUGGAGAGCAUUCAUAAUGAUGACUGCUUAGUCUACUACCUCAAGAAAUAUAUGUAGGAUCUGUACCAAUCCAGGACUGGUGAAAAGUCUGAAAGAGAAUAAUUUACUUGAGUCCAAAGCUGGUUAACAUGAUGCCAUACAGGAGCCAAUUUCAUUGUUCCAAUAGUCAGCCAUUAGACAAGUUGGCAGCUGGAUGUUGUUGGCAAUUGCUCUUAAAAAUGGUGAAAUUAUUGCCCAACCUUUACCAAUCUUUGUUCUGUACAUACUUGCCUCUAAGUGUUUGAAUAUACAUGGUGUGAAAGUGUCCCCAUGUUCAAUUCAGCUGCUAUUUUUGCCAAGUGAAAGUCCCAUAGAUUGAAACACUGGUAUCUUUUUCUUGUAAAUCAUUGAAAUACACAACUUUUUAUUGUUGAACUUGCCUUUGGGGCAAAAUGUAUCAUGUAAAAAUGUUUCAAAUAUUUUAUAACACAUGAUAAAACCAAUAUAUUUCAAA